UUUUUUGGCAACCUAAAUUAUCACCAUUAAUUGACCGUGUUAAUAUUUAGUGCAAAGUGAAAAAACCUUCCACGUAACUUGACGGUAUUCCCCUCCACCACCACCCUCCGCCGUCAAAUACGACACAUUGAUCGCUAGUUGUGCCGCUCGUGUUUUCCUGCUCCUCACUCCGUCGGAGAUUUGCACGGUUAAACUGUGCAUUUUGUGGCGCUGCCUCCGCAAAUUUCGUUUUAGUGCGGCAAGAAUAAUGGAAAGCAGGGAAGGCAAAUCAAUUUCUGAUUUGGAAGAAGAAUUUUUUCACAAAUUCAGAGAUUUCAUGACAGGGAUUACAAAGAUUGAUGAGUUGGGAAUUGCUGGAAGCAAGCUGCUGUCUGGCUUUCAACAAGCACUUGAGUUUAUUAGGAGGCCUCCUAUAGACAUGAAUUCUAAAUUAGUUCACAAGAUAAUUGUAGCUAAUGAAACUGAGAGAGUUAAGGCCUAUAUUAAUUCUGGAUGUAGGAAGCUAAAUGAAAGUAUCCAGAGUGUAACAAACUUGCACUCAUGCACACAUGGACUCUGUAACCAUAUAAGCAAAGCUAAGGAAAUACUUAAUGAACUUGAAGGUCUAUUGGGGGAUGUAACAAAUGCUAUUCAGACUACAGAUGGAAAUUUAUUAGCACUCUCUGAUCUGGAUUUUGAUGUUGAAUUGAAUGAGCCGGUAACCUAUAAUGAUUUGGAGGAAAAGGAUGCUUUGUCUCGUUCUCAAAGUCCUGAUGUCACAACUACCAAAAAAAAGAAAAGUAUCGAUGUUCCACAUUUAGCUAUGGUAAUGGCUUUCAUAUACAGCAUGGUCAAGCAAGACUAUUUGAUGCAGGAAAAGAUUGUUUCUGCUUUGGAUGUCAAGAUGCCAUCAGAAGAACUAGAAAGCUACUGCCAAAUGUGGUCUUUACGCCCCUUCAUAAAUGAUGAGAUCGUGCAUCAAGCUUGGGAACAUAUUCACUGAACCGUAUUUUGUUAUUAUAAAGAAUCAGUUACCAUUAGGCUGGAUAAAAUUAUAAUGCUAUAGAAGCACCAUUGCUUUCCUAGAAUUUCACUUUAUUUUGACAUUGGUCCUCCUCCCCCUUCCCCAUUUUUGCUAACAAAAAAUAAAUAAUUUGAUUUGAUGUUAAUUUAACGUUCAGCCU